UGUGCCCUCCACAAGCAAUCUUUUCCCCUUCUCUUUAUAUCAUAAGUCUUAACUUAACACCUUUGUCCUUUGUGCUUCAAUCAAUGGCUGCUUCACUUGACACUCAGAACAAAAAUGAAAUGCCAGUUAAACAUGUUGUGAUCCACAUGCAUGGUACUAGUGAUGCAGAAGCAGAAAAGGCAACUCAAGGAACUGAAGGAAACAAUAACACUACUGACUACUCUCAAAGAGCACAGUGGCUCCGAGCAGCAGUGCUCGGAGCCAAUGAUGGACUUGUGUCAGUGGCAUCACUCAUGAUGGGUGUUGGAGCUGUGAACAAGGACAUUGCAGCCAUGCUCCUAGCCGGAUUCGCGGGGCUAAUAGCCGGAGCAUGCAGCAUGGCAAUUGGAGAAUUUGUCUCUGUCUACACGCAACUAGACAUAGAAGUAGCUCAAAUAAAAAGAGAAAGGGAACUCAACAAUGAAUUGGAGACAAGAGAAGGUGGUAGUGAAGAGGAGAGGCUGCCGAAUCCUUUUCAAGCUGCGAUAGCGUCUGCAGUCGCAUUUUCUGUUGGUGCAGCGGUGCCACUGAUAGCAGCAGUGUUUAUAAGAGAGUAUAAGAUCAGGGUUGGAGUUGUUGCUGCUGUGUCUAGCUUGGCAUUGUUGGUAUUUGGAGGGGUAGGAGCAGUGCUUGGAAAAACUCCAGUGAGAAGGUCUUGUAUCAGAGUUCUGAUUGGAGGUUGGUUGGCUAUGGCUAUUACUUUUGGCCUCACCAAGUUAAUAAGCUUAAAGGGAAUGUAAUUUCAGUGAUUACUAGACCUCUAUAAAUAGUGAAGAAAGAGGUGUAGUAGGAUGUGGUAACUGGUAAGCUCAUGUAUUCACUAGGGAACUCAAAAGGAAGUAAACUAGGCUUUAUAAGCAAUUUAUUUGACAUGAUAUCUUGUCGCUAUUGAGAAAAAUAAA